UUUGAGUAGUUGUUACGUCACGACGUCUUCCUGUACUUCUGAGUGCUACUAGGACAACUGGGCUUCCUCGACAGUAAUUAUCUUCUGUGUGUUUAUUGUAGAGUUUAUACAUUUCUAUUGCUGAGCGAAUGACCGUCCCCGAAGACCAGAAGCACAAUUCAUGUAGAGUGAACCGUCGACGAAUCGAAACCAUGGAGGUCGUGGAUAGCCCGCUGAACCUCGCCCAUCAGCAGUGCAGAAAGGCAGAGCGUCUGGUGGCUGCUGGAAAGUAUGAAGAGGCCAUUUCCUGCCAUGGAAAAGCAGCAGAUCUUCUCACAGAAGCAAUGAAGUCAACAGAGUGUGAGCAGGCUCAUCUGUCCAUGGAACUUCAGCGAGACAGUCAUGUCAAACAGCAGCGGCUAAUCCAAGAGCGCUGGAAGAGAGAAAUUCGGCGUGAGGCAACAAAGGCAAGACCCGGCCUUGUGCCAGGCCAAUUAACCAAAACCCAGUCCUCAGCCCAGCCCCCAGUUCAUGGAUCUGCCAGACUCUCUGCUGAAGGAGUUGGAGAGCGAGAGUACGACACCUUACUUUACCAGUUUCAGACUCGGCAGACUGGAGCCUGCCAGCCUUUGACUUCACCAUGCCCUGGGUCUAAAACCAUAAAGGAUGAUAAAACACGCCUAGAAGAGCAGCAGACCACCAUUGAGGACCUGCGGCGCCUGGUGGAUCACCUGAUGAAUGAAAACCAGCGUCUCUCAGCCAACAAUGAGCAGCUACGUAUGGAGAAUGCCCGGCUGCAAUCUGAGGCUUCAGAUUUUGUGGAGCGUUCAGAGCUCUGGGUGCUCCCACAUGCAGGUGGUGCCAUGGGAACGGGGAAUGGGCAGGAAGGGAAGAACACUGGGAAAAACAAGGAAAUCGCUAUCCCUCAACUGCCACCAUUGGAAAUGCCAGCUCAGGAAGAUCUGUGUCUGGAUGACCUGCCGCCCCUGGAGCUGCUGGACGACAUUAAAAAUGAACUGCAGGAGUUGCUGGACAUGGACAAACUGUGAUGAAUACUCAUCUACACACCCCCAUCAUCAUUCUCAAACAGUUAGACUGCAGGUGUGGGACAGCUGGGUUCUGACUCAACAUAUUUCUGCUAAACGUAAUGGUCAGACAUAUCUGUUGUUCAGUAGACAGUCCUGUCCUAGCCGGUCCAACACCCUAAUCACACAGAGCAACAUGCUCAACUGGAUUUAGUUGAUUAUGGGAUAAAUAAUUUGGCCCCAUUAUGAAACACAAUUCCCUUUGAAAUAAUAUUGGUUGAGAUUACACACUCACCACAUUAACUUACUCAGAUAAUUAUAGAAGCUCCUGUUUAUAAGUUUAUAGGAUCAAAUUAGUAUAAUGCUUUGCCCUAUGUGGUGAGUAGGAGGGGGACAAAAAUAUAACAUUAUAAUCUGGGGUAGAUGGAACAGAUUAUCACCUUCCAGCUUCAGAUGUUCAGAUCAUGGUUCUGGUUUAUUACUGGGCUGUUAUCAGAUUACCGUUAUGCUCCACUCCAUCAUUUUGCAUGAUCAUGGAUGGAUGAUCUGCUCAAACCACUCAUCUAGUGUAAAUCAGCCGCAGGAGAGCACAUUACUGCUGGUUACUAAAGGUCGACAUGGCUGCAUUUUUCUAUCAUUGUAACAGACAGAAAUUAAAGGUUUCAGUUAUCA